AUUGUGAGAGGCCCCAAUUUCAAAGGCAGAGAAAAACUUUUACAUUAUAAAAAUCUCGUUCCAGAAGGCCCCUAUGGGUUCUUCGACGAGUUUGAUGUAGAAGUUUUUUUCGACUUCGAAGCAUUUCGGAGGGGAGCCGUUAGAACGAGCAAGGCUCUGCUUUGAAAUCUUUUGCGGCUCAAGAGCGCUGUUUUCCUUUGGGGGUGUGGGUGGAAAAGAGAGAUGAUCAGAUGGGGGGUAGCUGCACUGCAAUUCGCAGAGCUUUUUGUGAGCUCGUUGGUGCAUAUGCUAUAUGGGUUUUACAUAUUCAGCACAGCCGUGGCUGGUGAUCUUUCCCUGGCGCUGAAUGAGUACUUUUUUAAGCCUAAUAUGAAUGUUGAGGUCAAAGAGAACGUGCCCAGCGGGCCAAGCUCCAAUGCUGAAAAUCUGCCUCCUAUUGUAUUGGUCCAUGGAAUAUUUGGAUUUGGAAAAGGGAGAUUGGGAGGUUUAUCGUACUUCGCGGGGGCAGAGAAGAAGGAUGAAAGGGUUCUGGUACCUGAUUUGGGGUCUCUAACCAGCAUUUACGAUCGGGCUCGUGAAUUGUUUUACUAUUUGAAAGGCGGGCAGGUAGAUUACGGCGAAGAACACAGCAAGGCUUGUGGGCACUCGCAGUUCGGACGGGUUUACGAACAAGGGCACUACCCAGAAUGGGAUGAGGAUCACCCUAUCCACUUUGUGGGGCACUCGGCCGGAGCACAGGUUGUUCGGGUAUUGCAGCAAAUGCUCGCCGAUAAGGCAUUCAAGGGGUAUGACAACACUUCAGAGAACUGGGUGUUGAGCAUCACAUCCUUGUCAGGAGCGUUCAAUGGGACUACAAGAAGCUACGUAGAUGGGAUGCAGCCAGAAGAUGGGAGAACCUUGAAACCUAUAUGUCUACUGCAGUUGUGCCGCGUAGGGGUAACAAUAUACGAUUGGUUUGACAUUCCCUGGCUGAAGGCAUAUUACAAUUUUGGGUUUGAUCACUUCAACAUGUCAUGGAGGAAAAUUGGUGUUUGGGGUCUUGUGGAUUGCCUCUUGGGGAAUUCAGGCCCGUUUGCUUCAAGAGACUGGAUCCUCCCUGAUCUUACAAUUCAAGGGUCCAUGCGACUUAACAGCCGGCUGCAUACCUUUCCGAAUACAUACUACUUCAGCUAUGCUACCAAGCGUACUAAAAAGAUAUUGGGUGUCACGGUUCCUUCUAGCAUACUUGGCAUCCACCCAUUGCUUUUUAUAAGAGUUUUGCAGAUGAGUCAAUGGCGUCAUCCUCCAGAUGUCUCUCCCCCUUAUAAGGGCUACAGGGAUGAGGAUUGGCAAGACAAUGAUGGAGCACUCAACACUGUAUCCAUGACUCACCCUCGAAUUCCAAUUGAACAUCCAAGUCGUUUUGUUGAAAAUGAUUUAGAGUGCCAACCGUUACAACCAGGCAUCUGUUGUUGUUGUCGUAGGUUCAGGUAUUGAAGAUCGUGGUGCAGGAACUUUAGUAGGUACCAUUCAGUUUUUUCGCAUCAUAUCCAAAUGCAUCCUUACUGGUUGAAGAUAAUUCAGCCAUUCAGUAGGUACCAUUCAGUUUUUUCGCAUCAUAUCCAAAUGCAUCCUUAAUGGUUGAAGAUAAUUCAGCCAUAUAGUUUUGCAACUAUACUCUCACAUAAUUGUAAUGCUAACAAAAAAAUUCACAUAACAUCAAGAGAACGAGUUAAUUGUCCAAUUCCAUAAUGACAUCGACUAAUAUUGAAAAUUUAAAAUUCUUAUUGAAGUUUCCAAGAUUAUGGUAUUAGGAAAGUGAAUAAUUCCUAGUUCCUUCGGUUUUCACCCCCCAGUUUUGGGCAUUUCAUCUUAGCUUUAAGGAUUCUUCUUUGAACUUGCUCAGAGAUGGAAUUUGACUUA